AUAGAAAGCCACAUUCAAUUGCAGUGCCUGUGGCUAUGUUUAUAUAUAUAUAUAUAUAUAUAUAUAUAGCUAUCCUCCCUCCCUCAGAUUAACACAGCAAACCAAUUCAUCAUUCAGAGAGAGAUACCAACCUCCUCUUCUCCUCGAUCAUAGUAUAACAAAGCAAGACAGUAUGAUCAGCACCAAGAAACUCAUCAAGAUGGUAAGGAAAUGGCAGCGGGCGGCCGCCAUCACAAGAAGAAGAAGAAUUUCAAUACCAAGAGCCGAAGGAGAUGUCAGUAGUGGGAGCAGCUCAUCAUCAGUGGCCGAUAGGGGUCAUUUUGUUGUGUACACGGCGGAUCAAAGACGAUUCGCUUUUCCAAUUGCGUAUCUUAACCAUGGGAUCAUCAGAGGGCUCCUUAAGUUGUCGGAAGAAGAGUUCGGACUGCCAAGCGAUGGACCCAUUACGCUGCCGUGCGAUGCGGCAUUGAUGGAGUACGUGGUGUCUUUAAUCCCACGGCGCACCUCCAAAGAAAUGCAGGAAGCUCUGCUGGCGUCCAUUGCAAAUAACGGAAAAUGCUCAAUGUCUCGCCCUCUUCUUCGUCAUCAAUCCCGGCAAUCACUGGUCUGCAGCUUCUAGCGAGAAGAUCCAUACCCCAUCGCUCAAAUUUUGUAGAUAAUCCCAUCCUAGUCAAUUAUGUAUGUUAACCAGGACAUGAAGGUGCAACAAUGCUCACAAUUUGUAUGCUAAGUGGUUUGCCAGCAUAUUGGGUCCAGAACAGCUGGUGUCUUGUGAGAAAAGCGACUAUAUCCAGCAUAGUGUAGUAUAUUGCAGACAAAUUGGGUCC